AUGUCCGACGAGAAACCAUCCUGCCCGACAAUCUCCUUCACAGUCCACCCUUUAGCCUCACCAUUCUCGGUGCCGACUAAAACAUACACAUCUAACCACCCCUAUAACACUAUUUACUACCAACACGUCGCUACUGGUGCGCUGGUCUUCGACUCUUCCGACCACAUCUUACUAAUCCAACGCGCCGUGCACGACUCCAUGCCCUUGCGGUGGGAAGUCCCCGGGGGGGCAUGCGACGAAGAAGACCCCAGUAUCUUGCACGGCGUCGCGCGCGAGUUGUGGGAAGAAACCGGACUAUUUGCAGCGAGCAUCGGGCCUCCCGUUGGCGAGGGAAAGCUGUUUCUUACAAGGAGCGGAAGGGCCGUUUGCAAGUUCCACUUCAUAGUUGAGGUUGAGAAUUCUGCAGACGGACAUUUAGAGGUUCGCCUCGAUCCCAACGAACACCAAGCAUAUGUGUGGGUGACAGAGGAAGAGGUCCGGACGGGUAGGAAAGGGGAUGUCGAGUUGAAGUUGACAACGAAGGAGCAGGAGGAUGUUAUUUUUGAGGCGUUCAAGGUGAAGAUCGAAGGGAGAUGA